CGGGAACGGGACAGUUGCUUUCUUCAUUGAAUAAUCUAAAUAAUUAAUACGAAGUGGUGUUUUGUGGUUAAUGAUCGCAUUAAGUUAGUCGGAAGACAUUCGCGAGUGUUAUUAUAUUGGAGUAUUCAAUAAACAAAGUGUAUCUGCCUAUUUUCGCUUCGUAUCAGGAAGCCGCUUCAUAACUCAAAAGUUUAUGCGGACUUUUGAGUUAAUUCGUUUGGGGUUCGGAGUAGGAGUCUACUCCGAGGGUGGGGGCUUAGGUUUCAUCAUCAUCACCUUUCAUCAUUUCAUUAAUCAUCAAGAAAAAAAAUACGUCAGACAUGGCUGUAUGGGCAUAGUUCCCUUUGCCUUACCCUUCGGGGAAAACCAAACCAAAAAAAAAAAAAAAAAUGUCUUUGAACAAUGUCGGAUUUGUCGCGCGUUUUAAUUUUUAAUAAAUUAUGAUUCCUUUCUCUUAGCAGUUAUUAGUAAAGCUUAUUUAUUGUAGUUUUCAUUAGAGUUUUUGAAAGUGUACCGUAAUAAGCGAAGAAGAGAGUGUCACUUUCAUUAUAGAGGUGUUUACCUCCCUUAUAGGUUAUGUUCGCAUUUGGUCCAUAUCGUUUAGUUAAAACUAUUAGAAAAUGACUGAAGGAGAGAAUAGUAAUAAUUGUCGGGUGGUGGCGAUAUCACAGUUGAUCGUCAAGAGGCAGGUGGAGUGCGCGGGGGCGGCGUUCCUGCGCUAUUAUAAGAUCAAAUGUCACGGUGAAGAUGCUCUCGAAGACACGAGUAACUCCAAAGAAAAGGCAGAGGAGGUGACCUUUGACGAUGAUGUGGAGUACUUGCGGAGCCUCGAUCCCAAGGACUGGAAGAACCAGGACCACUAUGCUGUGCUGGGUAUGAAAACCCUCCGUAAUAAGGCCACUGAUGACGACAUAAAGCGCGCGUACCGUCAGAAAGUAUUGAAACACCACCCCGACAAGCGGAAGGCACUCGGAGAAGAAAUUCGCAGUGACGACGACUACUUCACUUGCAUUACCAAAGCUUAUGAGAUCCUCGGAACUCCAGUCAAGAGGAGAUCAUAUGACUCCAUUGACCCCCUAGUAGAUGACAACGUACCGACCCCUGCCGAGAUCAAAAAGGAAGGAUUCUUCAAAGCUUUUGCAAAGAUUUUUGAAAUAAAUGCACGAUGGUCUGAGAAGAAGAACGUGCCUUUGUUAGGUGAUGAAAAUAGCCCCCGUGAGCAGGUUGAGAGGUUCUACGCUUUUUGGUAUGAGUUUGAAUCUUGGCGCGAAUUCUCUUAUCUAGAUGAGGAGGAGAAAGAGAGAGGAGCAGACAGGGAAGAGAGGAGAUGGAUAGAAAAGCAGAACAAAGCAGCAAGAGCUAAGCUAAAGAAAGAAGAAAUGGCCAGGAUACGUAGCUUAGUAGAUCUGGCUUACGCCAAUGACCCAAGGAUACAGCGCUUCAAACAGGAGGACAAAGACAAGAAACUAGCUGCCAAACAAGCCAGAAUGAAUGCAGUCCAAGCCAAGAAAGCUGAAGAAGAGAGACUCAUCAAGGAAGCCCAGCUUGCCAAGCAGAAGGCGGAGGAGGCCGAGAGGGCGCGCAUCGAGGCCGCACGGGCCGAGAGGGAACAACAGAAAAAGAACCUUCGCAAGGAACGUAAAGCUCUUAGAGAUAUAUGUAAAACUAACAACUACUAUGCACAAGGUGAAGAUGAAACAGUGUCGCAUAUGGCUGCCGUGGAGAAAAUAUGUGAAAUGAUGAAAGUUGUGGAACUACAAGACUUCAUGAAGGACUUGGAAGCCAACGGUAGAGAAUCUUUUGUCAAAACAAUGAAAGAAACAGAAGAAAAACUAGAAGCUGAACGUAAGGCCCUGUUUGAAAAUAAGAAAGCUGAAGAACAAAAAGCCAAGAAAGAUUCCGCAUUGCGUACACCAAUUGAAUGGACCGUGGAGAUGACACAGAUGUUAAUAAAAGCUGUAAAUCUUUUCCCGGCUGGGACGAACCAGAGGUGGGAUGUAGUAGCCAACUUCCUAAACCAACACUGCACUUUCACAGAUGAAAAACGUUUCAAUGCAAAAGAAGUUCUCAACAAAGCAAAAGAUCUGCAAAGCUCAGAUUUCUCUAAGAGCAGCCUAAAGAAAGCUGCAAAUGAGGAAGCCUUUGACCAAUUUGAAAAGGAGAAGAAGAAGAUGGCCAACCAUGUUGAUGACAAUAGUAUAUCGAAGAGUGAUUCAGCUGUUAAACUGGUCAAUGGCACAGCCAAACCGAAAAUGAAUGGAGAUGUUGCUAAGCCCGAAAAAGACACAAAGGAAGAUAGACCGUGGACUAAAACAGAGCAGGAACUAUUAGAACAGGCCAUGAAAACAUUCCCAUCUAGCACAUCUGAGAGAUGGGACAAGAUAGCUGAUUGUAUCCCGAACCGUACCAAAAAAGACUGCAUGAAACGAUACAAGGAGUUAGUAGAAUUAGUAAAAGCAAAGAAACAGGCUGCUAACCUAUCCAAAUAGCGUCCGUUGGCCCAUAGCUUUGUAAAAAGUUAAGCAAAUUGCAUAUUUUUAUGGGAGAGGAUAAUUAUUGGCGUUACCUACUACUUUUCUACCUAGAGGAUUAUAUUAUGAACCUGAUUACUACUGAACCUGCCAUAACUCACUGCUACACAUCCCACAACCACAAUAACCCACGCUGAUUAAUUGGAACUCUCUUGUGUAUGUAAUAUAAUUUUACCUUAAUUUUAAAAUUGACGUAAACUGUACCAUCUUCUGUUGAGGACACAAUUAGACUCUGUGUGUGUCAUAUUUUUGUAUUUAUUUUUGUUUAACGUGAUAAACAUAGUCAAUUUCAAAUUGAA